AUUGUGCUCAUGAAAACAGGCAGCAGGAGACCGAGAACAGAAACAUGUCGGUGGAGACGACAGGCAGCGACAUGAGCAAAGCAGCGAGCAGCAGCAGCAGCAGACAGGAGGGCCCAGGAGGACUGUGGGACUCUGUGAAGAAAGCUGCGUUUGUCAUCGGAUCUGGCAUCUUAUUCUUGGCUGCAUUUGGCAACUCACUGACAUGGCACCUUCAGAGAUUCUGGGGAGCUUCGGGAGAUUUCUGGCAGAACUUGUGGACCAAGCUGUACGUGGCAUUCGAGGGUCAUGAUGCUGCUCUGUUCUUCUUGGGGACGAUGUUGCUUCCCAUGCUGUCAUUCUGGUUUACCAAUGCUCUGCUGCUGUUGGUGGACAUCACUGGAAAACCUUCCUUCAUCACACGUUACCGUAUCCAGGUGGACAAGAAUAACCCGGUGGAUCCAGCUAAGCUGCGUCACGCCGUGAAGACCGUCGUCUUCAACCAGGUGUUCAUCUCGGGGCCGAUGGUGGUGGUGGUUUACUACCUGAUGAGCUGGACAGGAAACCCCUGUGGCCCCGAGCUGCCCACCUUCCACUGGGCCCUGAUGGAGCUGGCCGCCUUCUCCAUCCUGGAGGAGGUUCUGUUUUACUAUUCACACAGGCUGUUCCACCAACCCAGCCUCUACAAACACUACCACAAACAGCACCACGAGUGGACCGCUCCCAUCGGGGUCGUCUCCAUCUAUGCUCAUCCUCUGGAGCAUAUGAUCUCCAACAUGCUGCCGGUGGUGAUCGGGCCGGUGCUCCUCAACUCCCACCUGGCCUCCACAUCGCUGUGGUACUGCCUGGCUCUGGUCAGCACCACCAUCUCCCACUGUGGAUACCACCUCCCCUUCCUGCCCUCCCCCGAGUUCCACGACUUCCAUCACCUCAGGUUCAACCAGUGUUUCGGGGUUUUCGGCAUCCUGGACCGGCUCCACAGCACCGACACCAAGUUCAGGCAAACCAAGCAGUACGAACGUCACACUCUGCUCACCAGCCUCACCCCUCUGAAUGAGAGCAUCCCCGACGCCCCCAAGAAGGGCCAGUGACGACCCCCUGACCCCCCGACCGCAGCCUGACCCGGCACGGGGAGACAGGCCUAACAAACGAUCUUAAUUAGAUUUUAAUUAUUUUAAUCUGGGAGAAAAAACUGUGAACUCUGUUGUCACCAGCUCACUUUGAAGCGGCAGAAGUGUGGUUAGACUUUUAACAGACGUACAGAUCUCAGUCAGUUUUAUAAGCUUGGCCUCCAUGUUCAUAAUUGAUUUGGAGUCUUUUGAACCUCCUGUGAUGGUGUGGCAGAGCAGUCAGCUGUUCUGUACUGGUAAGGAAAGUGGAAAAGACGCCCGAAAAGAAAACCUGAAAAGUUGUACAUAGUGAAAGAAUAUUAUGAGAAAGAAGGAGUUAAUUACUAGUUAGGAAAUAAAUCAGCAUGUUUUCCACACAGUUGUGGAAGAUUCAUUGGCUGGACUCAUAAAACUUCAGAUUUGUAUGCUGGGAGUCAUUCAGACUCUCCUCUUGCCAAGUUCAACUAAACUGGUUGAGGAAACUCUGCGGAAUAAACCACUCCAAAUGUAGUUUCUACGGGUGUGGGACGGAUUAAAAUGACUUUCAAUCAUUUCAGUGUAAAGAUUCUGGUUUUCAAACAUGCCGAUGAAACACAUCAUCCUCUUUGUCCACAAAUAUGUUUAAAGUGAUGUAAUUGUGUUUGGAAGACGACCACUCACGAUGUUCUUCCUUUAAUGUAGUUUUAUAUACAUGCAUUAAUCCUGAUUUAUGUAUUCCUAUGAGCAGACUUUUUUUUUAUUAUUAUUAAUACAUAGAAUUUAGAAACAGCACUUUGAGCUUAUCAAUGCAGACUGUUUGAUGCGUUCACUUACCAGUCAGACAGAGGAGAGCUGAGGCCUGAACUACGAAGCAGGAUUUGAGCUAACUUCAGGUUUAACUCUGGAUUUUGGGUUUAUGAUGGGGAGCAUGGUAACAUAUCAGCUCACCUGUUCCGGAGCAGGUUGUGUUUAAAAUGACACAUCAAGAACAAAACAUCACAAUUAACGGUUUGCAGAUGGUGAAUAUGGGAAAAUCUGGAGUGCCAUAAAUUGCCUCUUUUUUGCAUCUGGUUUAAGACAAAAUGCAGCUUUUUACACAGUUUGUUGACUGAAUCUGGUGCUCGGUGACCAUGUAGAGCAUCAUUUUUAAGCUGCCAGAUAAAACCGUUCUGUCAUUUCUAAAUUCCACGGCUUAAAACAAACAAACAAACCAGCUCCCGACAGUUUGGAUGCUGCAUUUUUAUUUAGCAAAUGCAACUGAGAAAUGACAAUUUAUGGCCUGUUUGGUUUUCCAAAGCUUUUUUUUUUUUAAUUCCCCGAUGUGUGAAGAUGGAAGAGCUGUAUGCUUUCAUUUUCUUCCUGUUGACUGCAAACAAUUAAAGCAUUGCGUUGUUCUGCAGGCAUUUGUGUCACGAUAUAAUCCUGAAACAAAGACUUAUCAAAGCACUAAAGCCUUGUCCUUUGUAAGCCUACUUACCAGUUUUAAUUAUGUUUAUAUAUUUGUUCUUAACUCGCCUGCAAGACCGUUUAACACAACCAGGGCUGCAGCUGAAAGAUUAUAAGGCUGAAAUUGUCCUGCAAGCUGUAAGAAAAGGCUGCAGCACUUUCAAUAGAUGCCUAAAUAUUAGCUGCACAGCUCUGUUGGUUUUUCUGUGUAUAUUUUAAACACACAUUGAUUUAGGAUUGUAGUUUGAGCUUCUUGUGAGAAAUAGUUUGACACUAGACAUCUGAUAUCAACAUCCUCCGUUUUACACUAGCAUGCUUAAAUCAAAGUUAUGACGACUGUUAAAUGAAAGACGAUCCUGGUUGUGUUAAACUUGCUUCGUGGUCCAGGCCCUUAGUCUUCUGCGGAGAAAGAAUUAUGGUAUAUUUGCACUUUUUCCAGUAAGUUAAAUGUCCAUUCAAUUGUUAAAUGUGUCUUUUUUUUUUUUUGUAUAUAAAAACUAAAAGCAAAUCCUACUGUGAUUCAUACAAUGUUCUGAUGGGACUGUUUACGAUUAAAAUAUUUUAAAAAGAAA